GGUGGUGGUGGUGGUGGUGGUGGUGUUGCUGUUGCUGUUGCGCUGAACAGCUGAUCGCAUGAUUGCGCUUCCAGUUUGACAAGCACGAGGGGAAGCCCUGUUGGCUCGCAAACGUCCAAAUAACGCCGAGAGAGAGGCGUACAAGCAGCGAUAGCGUUUGACAAGCGAUGGGAUGCGGACAAGUAGAGAGUAAAUGGCUACAGCAUCGCCAACAGCUGUGUCAGAUCUUGAAUGGAUGUUGCAAGCCGCCGGCACCCCUCAUGAUAUAAUAUUGGGAGGAGACUUUGGACUCAGUCCUUGAUCAUAGUGAGGCAAAAGUGUGCAAGCACCCAGAGCAACAUUGACGCUUCACAGGAUGUGUAAAAAUCUUGGUCUUGCAGAUAUUUGGAGACUUUUGAACCCAUCUGGCCCAGUGACAGGAGACAAGUAGGACUUGAAAAAUGAUUCAUAUGUGAGCAGAGCAAGUACCACAGAAGCAUCUUGAGACGUUCUUUGUCGAGCCCCAUAGCCAGGCAUCAGCCCAAAAGGCACACAAUGAUGAAUUCCAAGAAAGCCAUUUGUAAACAGGAGAGGAGACACUCAGCACACAGCCAACACUCACGUAUAUGGCGGCUGUACACAGACACCGUUUAAUUAUGCCUUUUUCAGUUUAGACAUCAUAUGUAUCUGGACAUUAAUUAUGGCACAAUGCAAUUAUCCCCCUAAAGUGCAAGUAAAGACUAUUACCUAUCCGAGAAGUAUUGAUGCAGUGAUGUUAAUCGGAUUGGUGCUCACAGAAGCAUUCCCAUUGCAUCUGUGAGGCCUCCUCCCCACAUUCUAUGGAGGCAGAGGAAAGCUGGUCGGCUGAUGGGAAACGGUCUGGUGGGCAACAGCAGCCAUUGUCAGAGACUUUGUUAGGGGCACAGCUGCCUCAGUUACAGCAACAAGUUACCUUGCAAUCUGUUGAUGGAUCACUUGGCCGACUUCAACACAGGCAGCCAAAACGCUCCGAAAUGCUCCAAAGGCAGAAGCAGCAGCAACAGUCACAGGCGAGUGUGGCAUCUUGGCAGCUUUCAGAUAUAUCUGGUCCUUCAAGAGACAACUGUUCUGCCCCAAGCAAUCCAUCUCCCCAAGUUCAUAACGUUCAGCAAACUCAAUCUCUGCCCAAUCUGGAAGUACAGGAAGGCCCCCCUUGUAGGAAAGAACGCAAACCCCCAAAACCAGGGAAAUAUGUGUGCACUUACUGUGGCCGUCCUUGUGCAAAGCCCAGUGUCCUUCAAAAACACAUCCGAUCCCACACAGGAGAGAGACCCUAUCCUUGUGUCCCAUGUGGCUUCUCCUUCAAGACCAAAAGCAACCUGUACAAACACCGCAAAUCCCAUGCACAUCGAAUAAAAGCAGGCAUGGCCUCAAGUCGCGAAGAACCCAGUUUUAGUGGGCCUGAGGGCGGAACCUUGGGAGAUGAGCAAGAAGAAGUUACAGAAGGAGAGAGUACAGGUUCUGAGGAUGAGACUGGGCAACACCAACCAUCUACCUCACAGGGCAGGCCAACUCUGAAGAAAAGUUGUAAGGUUGAAUUGUCAUUUACAGAGGAGGGUCCCCAAAAUGAGGAUUCACAUGCAGUCAAGCAGAGGUUAGCAAUGAGGCUAAGUGAGAGAAAGCGAGCUCCCAGUACAUCUUCAGAUGAAACACGAUCCUCAUUGGGACCUGGCAGUAAGGGCAGCACAGAAUCUGGCUAUUUUUCCCGUUCUGGGAGUGCAGAGCUUUCCCAAGUGAGCCCACCAAAUGCCAGUGCCAAAACUUAUGCUGAGAUCAUUCUAGGAAAGUAUGGACGAUUAGGACAGCAGCAAAGGAUUCCACAUCAACAACUGCAAUUAUCUUCUUCAGGUCAACAGGAAAAAUCAGUCCCUUUCACUGUCCCUAAGACACAAGUCAUUGAGCAUAUAACCAAACUAAUUACUAUUAAUGAAGCCGUGGUGGAUACAAGUGAAAUAGAUAGUGUCAAACCAAGACGUUCGUCACUCUCCAGAAGAAGUAGCAUUGAGUCUGUCAAGUUCUCUUCACCCAAAGAACCCUGUGUUUUUGAACCAAAGGGAGAUCUCCCAGGUUUUUGUGGCUCUGCUGUUUAUCAUAUUCCUGGUAGUUUUGCAAGUGAAUUGCCAGACUCAUACUUAGCUGCUAGAGACACAUUGGCUAGUCAAUGCUCCAGUGCUGUUCUCUGUAGAAGUCAAUCAGUGCCAUCCUCUGCUAACACUUCAGAUUCACCUUCACGCAGCUUUCGUCUCAGUCAAUCUUUUGAUGAGCAGCAAGUCAUAGCAGCCGAAAUGAGGAUUGGCCCCCACCAACGAAUGUUACGACGUCAACCUGCUAUUGAGGUGCCAGCUGGAGUGGACAUCAUUAUAGAGGAUGCAGGCCCUUCUUCCAGAUUAAAAGAGUCAGAUCCCAGAAAGAAGCAAGAAAAGGAAGUUCACCUUUAUGAGUGUGAACUGUGUGGGACUCGCUUGAAGAAGCAGGACACUUAUGCAGCACACAGAGUUGCAUGUAUGAAUAAAACUCCACUGGGUUCUCAGAGUGUGGAGGGCAGUGCUUUCACUGAGAUGCAGCCACAAAUUAUGAGCUACAAGUUUAAAGCCAUGGCCAUGGCUGUGCGCAAGAGGAAAAAAAAAGAGGAAAGUCUUGAGGAAGACCCUCCCAGUCCAGGCCCAACAGCCGUCUCCUUCAGCACCCAGCUCCCAUUAACGCUAGGCAGCACUGAUAAUCAGGGCACACCUGUCCUUUCACAAAGUGAGACAGAAAGGAGGGGUCCCUGGAAAGAAAUUUCUGUUAUCCAGCAUACCAGAUCCUUUGAAAAACAGGAAAGCAUCUCUAUGGCAAAUCAGGAAACCAAGCUGGAACAAGAGCCAUCACAGGAACCAAAACCAACCUCCACUUCCAGGUUAAUCCGUCAACCCAAAAUUCAAGUGCCCGAAAUCUUGGUUACAGAGGAGCCAGAUACUGAGAUGGUCUCACCUCCAGCGAGCACAUGCACCUCCAAAGAACCUGAGAAGGUGGAGGAAUUCCAAUGGCCUCAGCGCAGCCAAAGUCUGGCUCAGCUCCCUGCAGAGAAGCUACCACCAAAGAAGAAGCGUCUCCGUUUGGCCGAGGCAACCCAGUCAUCGGGAGAAUCUGGCUUUGAGUCAGUCUCCUUGCCACACAGCCCGAGCCAAGAGAGCAAUGUUUCCCAUGCCACUAGUCGUUCUGCAUCCUUUGAGGAAUCAGGAAGGCCAGACCCUGAGAUGCAGAGUGGUACCUGGACCUCCCAAAGUUCUCACAUGCUGACUGUUCCAUCAAGUCCCCAUCAACACCAUCAUUCUCACAAGGAGAUGCGCCGUUCCACCUCUGAACAGGCACCUGCAAGUCCUCCACACCCUGCAAAUGUUGAAGAAAUAAGAAGUAAAUCUUUUGACUAUGGAUGCCUCUCUCUAGAGCGCACCUCUGCUACUUGGAAGGAGAGGAGGAAAUGUCUCUUGGUGAAGCAUGCAACCCUUGGUGAACCUGAUCAGGAGGAGCCAUCUGCUUCACCACUUGCCAAACCUGGCAUUUCAGCUGUAUGCCAGUCCUACCCUGGUUGUCCUCUGCCUACAAUCAGAGAGCACAGAAUGGGAGGCAGGAUGUCUAGGAUUAGCUCUGACCAUAUAGGAAAGACCUUACAGCUUUUCCAAUCCCCUCUUUCUCUCCCACCAUCAUUUUUUCCCCUACAACAAGCAAGCCCUAAUUUUUGCUCCCCAAGUCAGCUCACUAGAUUCUUCCCAGUCACUACUGCAAUAUCUGGUAUCAUUUCAACCCAGAUGUUUCAUCAAGCCUUUAUUCACAGUGAGCCACCACAGCUGCAUCCAAGACCGCUUGAUUUUGUAGAACGACUAGCACUACCCCUUCAGCCACUCUCUGCUUUAUUACCUCUACAAUCAAGUGAUGUUACUCAAACUGUUUGCUUUCCAAUGCCAGGUGGUCUGACUAUUCAGGUCCCCUCAGGGCCUCUUUUCAGGGAGUCUAGGCCAACACCUUCCUCCUUACAUAGUCCAGGUCAUUCACAACAGCAUCUAGUCCUUCCCCACAAUCCUCUUCCCAUUAUUGCUCCAUGUCUUGAACAGCUUGCCCCAGUGGUCUCUCUUGUAGUGCCUGUGCGCUUACAGACUCACAUUCCAACCUAUGCUAGUGCCAUGUAUACAACCAUCUCCCAGAUUUUAGCCACAACACAACUUCCAAUCUGCUGCACAGCUAUGGUCAUCAUGGGAAAGCUGGAGGAAGACAGGCUUCAGAGAUCUUACCUCAGGCUGCCCUCCCCUAGUUCCAAGAGCUAUAUUCCCUUGCCGCUGCCUCUGGAACGUGGAGCAGGAACUUCAUCUGAUGACAGCUGUUGGCAGCUUGGUGCUGGUGGAAGUAAGCGAAUGCUGUCACCUGCAGGUAGCCUAGAACUCAGUUUAGAGGCCCAGCGGCAUCAAAAACGGGUUAAAGAGGAGGAGGUAAAAGAAGAGGAUGACAAAGAAGAUGAAGAUAACAAAUGUGAUGAUAAAUCUCAGGAGGAGGACCAGGGUAAAAAUAAGCUAACAGUGGAGACAUUGGGGAGGGAAAAAAAUGCAAGAGAAGUCAUAGAAACUGACAAGUUAAGCAGACAGGAUUUAACACAGUCCAAAACUGAGCCCUUAAAGCAGGAGGAAAUGAAAGAGGUGGGACACAGGUGUGUUUCAAGGGUAACAAGUCCAGAGAGGACCAUGGAUCCCUCAUACCCCACUUUACAUACCACAACAUCAGUAAGCUGGUGCUAUCUGAACUACACCAAGCCCAACCCAUCUACACACAGAGAUGUACACACCUCCGUCUAUUCCUCGUGGAGUGUUAGUAUGCAUAAUCCCAAUCUGCCUGGCUUGUCCACAAAGAUUUUACUGUCUCUGUUGCAUUCCAAGCAGAAACAUAGUGCUGAGACAUACACUAUGGCUACAGCACCAUCACCAAACACUGAAAAACUGGUUUCUACAGGGAGCAAGAAGGCCAGCACCUCAGAGGUACAUGCCUCCCCACCCAACACACCCAUCAAAGUAAAGGAUGAACAACCAACUGAAAGAGGGGAAAAAUAUAAAAGUACUGCUGAUGACACGCCCGCCACCUCAGCGGCAAGUGAGGUGGCACGUGUUUGCAUUUUUGAGGGCGGGUAUAAGUCAAAUGAAGAGUAUGUUUACGUGCGGGGUAGGGGAAGAGGGAAAUACGUGUGUGGGGAGUGUGGGAUUCGCUGCAAGAAACCAAGCAUGCUAAAAAAGCACAUACGCACUCAUACAGAUGUGCGUCCCUACGUCUGUAAGCAUUGUAACUUCGCCUUCAAAACCAAAGGGAACCUUACCAAACACAUGAAGUCCAAGGCCCAUGGUAAGAAAUGCCUGGAGAUGGGUGUGUCUGAAUCAUCUGUGGAUGAGCUGGAGACUGAGGAAACAGGGGGCAGUGAUGAGCGAGUGUGUGAAUCAGAAGACCAGGAGGAGCACCGUUUCUCUGAUCCUGAAGACUCUGAAGAGGAUGAUGAUGAUGAAGAACAGGACUUCUCCAAUGAUGAACCAUCCUCAGCCUGUUCCACUGACACUCGGCAGUCCACAGAUGACCUAUCUGAAAUUGGGCAAGGUUCACAGAUGGACCCGUGUGAUCCGAGAACAAAAGAGGAAUACGCUUCACCUCACAGGCCUUGCCCUGUACAAGCUGCAUCUCCAAGCAGUAAGAGAGCUUCGUUCUCUCGCAAGGGCUGGGAUGUUUCGCCAAGGUCCUUCUCUCCGAGCAGUGAGGGCUCACCUUUAAGAAGUCUGUCUCCCAGGCUUGACUUGUCUUCACCUAGUCGUCAUCUCUCUCCCUCACCAGAGAGGGGCCUUUCACCCAUCAGGGCCCUCUCCCCACUCAGGCCACUUUCAACCCUGAGGCCUGUUUCCCCUGCCCAGUAUAGGAGCACCAGAGCUCUCACUUCUCCUACGCCCCGUAAGCCACAUCGACCACACAGCUCUCCUGCAGGGCUUUUUUGGGAGCCUUGCACUCCAGCGACAAAGGGUCAACAGGACAAGCCUGAUACUCAACAAACUCCACAGGAGCGUAUGCCCCCAGAUCCUUGCCUGGUUUCCUCAUCCCUCCGCUUCUCCCCUAAUGAGCCUUUCUCUCUCACCCCUUUUACACCACGAACAGUGGACCGCAUGUUUAGCCACCUUCCUUUACACUCCCAGGAUCAAGCCCGCAUGCUAUAUCACAUGAUUCCUAUAGGGGGCAUACAAAUGGUGCAGCUCAGACCCAGAUCUCGGCCCAAACUGGAACGACAGUCAUCCUCUACCACCUCUCCCACCUCUCCCAAAGACGACUCUCAUUUCUCUCUCGCCAGGAGGGAUUUCCCAUGGAUAUCGCUCUCGGAAACAAGUCCGCAAAGAACUCUGGUGGACAGCAGGACGCAAAGCCAAGAUGAAGGAACUAGCCAGUCUGACUUGUCUUGUCCUAGUACAAGCUCAACAUUAGCCAAACCUCCCCCUCUAUGGAAGGGUAUAGUGGAGCAACAGACUGCAAAAGUCAGAAAGCAAUAUGGAGGCUCUAGCUCUGCCACUAAGAGUCGCACCUUUGGUCACGAAACACCUAGAAAGGAUGCAGAAAGCGAUAAAGAAGCUGAGAGGAUAUUUACGGUUUCACAAGGGGAAGGAGCAAGUUCCUCACAUGAAACUAGACAGCUACAUGAGACAGAAAAGCCUAUAGUGGCACCACUCAGGGGACGUGAAUCUUCUUCAGAAGGAAGUUCAGGACCGCAAUCUAGCAGUGCUCCUCAGAGCCACGAAGGUGAUCCAGACAGCACUUAAAAGCCUCUUGUGCACAAUGGUGAAAUGCUUUCUACUUCUAAUACUACUAUUUGUUUUCUUUUGUUUUGUAAUGCGCUUAUUUUUUAUAUUAAAAUUUUCAAUACUUUUGGUAACUUGGUAAAUGUUUGUUCUGCAAUAUUCAAGAUUGUAAUAUGAUGCACUUUUUUUUCUUGAAAAACAAAACAAAACGAUAUUUAUGUAAAUCAAUUAUAUCUGUCCCUCCUGUUUCUUUAUUGACAUUGCAAUCUUAAUAUAUCUAUUUGAAUAUAUAUAUGUACAAAAAUACUUGCCAUAAAAAAAACAUUAAGUAUGGGUAUGAAUACAUUUCUAAAUGACCAAGGUGAAGACUUAAAUCAAGAGUAAUUCCAAUAUUUUGUCUCUCGUCCAGUAUUGCGCAACUUAUAGUUAUGUGUGCCUUUUUCUGUCCAGAUUUACUGCUUGAAGUGUCAACAAAGAUGAAAGGCUGUGAAUUAUUUUUAUGAAUACAUUUUUUUGUGUGUGUGAUUCAAAUGAGCUGGUGUUUGCAGAAUCGGGAGGUGAUUACACUUUAGGAUUUUCUUUGUACGUCAGGGUAAAUGAGACAGGCGUUGGCGUUGAAAAAGACAUGAGAUGAAGGCUUGGCAUAGAGCCUUGCAGGGAAAUUGCACUGAAGUCAUGUUUUUUUAUAAUAAAAGUGAAAUGAUUAGAUAAAUUGCCUCUGUACAGAUAGAAAGUCUAUGGUCCAUAUUUAUUGACAGUGAAAAUAUGAAAAUGCCUAUGUUUUGUUUACUUUGGUUUUCAAAGGGGUUUCUGUUGUCAUUUUUUAUUCUUUACAUUAUUUGUUAAUAGUUACUUUUUUAGUUAUCAUCUCAAGACUUGAAAAAAAGAAACUGGACAGGCUCUUGGUGAAGUUGGUCGAGGGUCUGGAUGGUUCAAAUGCCCUCCAAAAUUUGUCACAGAAAUGUAUAAUUUCUGAACCAAUAAAGGUACACCAGGAAUUACUAAACUUG